GGCGUUAGCUCUGCCCGUGAAGUUUGGACCGUGAGGAUCUAUUCUAUCAUAUUCAUAACUGCGUUGUUUUCUCUCACUUCACCUCCCCUGUCUCGAUUCCCUUGGUCUGAAGGUGUGAGGGUCUGAGCUGAAUCUGCUGCUUCUCUGGUUCUCUACAUUUACCUUUUCCGCUCUACGUUUCUACUUUUCAAAUCUGUCAUCGCUUUGCCUAAUUUGAUUCUUUAUUCUUUAUCCCUUCCUAGUUUGGAUAAAUCUGGCAUUCGAGAUUCACAGAGAUUUGAAUCGAUUCAAACCUUGCUUGUUUAUAUCGGAGCGGAGCAAAACCUAGAUUGAAGCACUUCUUGGUGAAAAGGGGUUAUUGAGUUCGAAACAAUUGAACUCAGUUAUGAAUACGAGUGAUUCGGCAUCGAAGUCUGUUUCUCAAACGACGACUUCGUCGAGUCAAUCUUUGCUUGGAGCAGCGGUGACGACUCUUCCUUUAGCUGGAGCUGGUUUACCAACUAUUUCUUUCCCAGGAGCGGCGGUGCCCACUUACAAUUAUGCUAUAGCUUUGCAACAGUACCAUUUUCAACAAUCACUUGUAAAUCAGCAGCUGUUAGCACAGCAGCAGGCGGUUGCACACGCUGUUAGCAUUAAAGCUGCCACUGAACAGGCUGCUGCUCGUGCUGCUGAGAUUAGUAGGCUUUUGAAAGGUGAAACUAAUGAGCCACCAAAAGCCAGAGCUGAGGACUUGGCUCCCCAAAAGGAAAAUUCAGAUUCAAAAUCCCUUUCUCGGGCUUCAUCCCCUCGGUCUUCAAAAUCAAAAUCUGACUCUCCUGUCAGGCCCUCGAGCACCCGUAGGGAACUUGAAGAAUAUUCACCAAGAGAUCGCAGCAGCUACCGAAGUCGUAGAUAUUCUAAUUACUAUCAUCGUAAUGACAGGGAUUAUUCUAGAUCAAGUUACAGAAGAGAUGCUGACCGUUCAGGUGGUAGAAGAAGUUACUCGUAUUACGCCAGAAGUGGAAGUAGGAGUCGGAGAAGCUCGCCAUCUAGGUCGUGGUCCAUGAGGUACCGCUAUGAUGACUAUGUACCUUCUAGGUACCGUCGUGAUGAAUCUGCUUCUCCUAGGCGCCAACGUAUUAGAUCCCCGUCACAUAAGUCUAGACGCAUGAUGUCUCCAAGGGUUCGGAACCGGCAUAGUAUGUCUAGAAGUCCUAUUAAUCGGAGCAUCAGUCCUGGUCCUCGACGUGACAGGAUUACAAGCCCACAAAGACCUGGUGGAAGGACCUUGUCAUCCUCAGAUACAAGUUCCAGUCCCUAUAGUCCUAGUCAUGUGGCAAAGGGCAAUAGAGUUGACCAUGAUGUCAGCAGCAGUCCAAGUCCGCAGCGGGCCAGGAUUCCAAGUCCAGAAAGACCAGGUAGAAAGAUCUUGUCAUCCUCAGAAACCACUUCCAGUCGUGGUAGUCCUAGUGAUAUUGUGGCUAAGGGCAAUAGGGUUGACCAUGAUGUCGGUAGCAGUGAAAACAAUGAUGCGUCUGACCUAGAUUUUAAGGCACGACAGAGAGAAGCUAAACUACCUUGUGCUGCAGAGAGGACUGAAAGUUCUAAUUCUUCUCUGAGAUCAAGAUCUAGUUCAAGUGAAUGUUCUGGUAAAAGAAGCACUCGGAAUGCCAGUUUUAAGAAAAUGGCCUCCGAUAAGGUUGCAUAUGCUGAUGGGGAUGAUUCUCAUUCUGCCAGUUCUGAUGGAAAAUUAGUUCAAAAAGCCUCAGGUGCAAGUCAUGAUGAAAGUGAUUCAGCUGCAUCUGCUCGUCCAACAUCUACUGGGAGUAGACCUUAUCAGUCCACAAAUCUGAAUAGGCUUCCUCUUUCUCCCCAAUCUUCUCUUUCCAAUCAUGGAGACAGGGAGAGGUACUUUGGUGAGGACAAACAAAAUACUGGUAGUAAAAAAUAUUUAGCCCAAGAAGUGCAGCCAUCCCUAUCCCCUAGAAGUAAGACCUCGAAGUUGAACAAAAAGGAACGUGAACUGCCUCCAAAAGAUUUUGAACGUUCAGUUCAUUCUCUAGAAAAAGAGCUAGAAGGCAGGAUAAAGAUGAAAAGUAAUCAUGAGAUUUUCUCAGAAGAUGUAAUGGGAGUGGAUGGAAAUGACAGCGAUCAUCAGAAAAGAGGGGGUUCCAGUCCUGAGAAUAAGAGAUAUGAAGACCUGAACGUUCCCAGUGAAUGUGCCAUCUAUCCUUUGCCAGAACCUCAUGAAAGUACAGGUGGAAAGUUAUCACAUCAUAGGAACCUUGAGGAUCUUAGACAAGAACAAGAUGACCUUAAAUCUCCUCCAAACCUGCCUGAUGGAAGUGCAAAGGUUGACAGUGAUCAGGUCUUAGUGAGUUCAGAUGCUCAUCAAUAUCCAAAAAGAAGAUUGAAGCAAAGGUCAAGGUCCACAGAGAGGAGGAAGAAACAUAGCAAAAGACACCGUAGGCAUCAUAGAGAGGAGUCUGAAGAAGAUCACAUAAAAGAAGGCCAAAAAGCAUCAAAAUUACACCAUAGGAAGAGACAGAGGGAAGAGUCCGAAGAUGAUGAUGAUGAUGAGGGAAUGAAAGAAAGCAGGAAAGAGUCAAAAACACACCACAGAAGGCAUAAGAAGGAAGAGUUUGAAGAAGAUGAUGAUGUUGACGUAAACGAAAGCAGAAAAGAGCUAAAAUUGCACCACAGAAGGCAUAAGAGGAAUGAUUCUGAAGAAGAUGAAGAUGAUGAGAUGAAAGAUACCAGAAAAGAGCCAAAAUUACACCAUAGAAGGCAGAAGAGGGAAGAGCCUGAAGAAAAAGAUGAUGGUGAUGAUGACAUGGAAGAAGGGAGGAAAGAUUCAAAAACUAAAAGGCAUGGGAAGAAGCGUCACAGGAGGCAUCGUAAGAGCCGUAAAGAAAGGACAAGGAAGAAGACGAAGCAUCGAGACUUGUCUUCUAGUUCAUCGGAAGAUUCUCUCUCUUCUUCUUCUUCUGGUGAUGAUGAUGAUGAGAAUCGGAGAGAUUUCCAUGAUGUUCCUAGAAAGAGAACAACGUGUUCUAGGAAAAAGAGAAGAUUCUCUCCAUCUGUAUCAACUAGCUCAGGCUAGUAUGACAAAUAAUACAACAAUUGAGGUUUCAAGCGUCCCAAAGAGUAGGUUCACUUGUUGUGUGGUCGGAUGUCAAAUUUCUUUUUCCUUUACAAAUUUCUGUAUAAGUUUGCAAAUUUUGGUAAGUUUGAUCGCUUUGAUCAUUGGACUCACAACGUUUGUCAGAAUUUGUUCUAUUGCUUGUUUCGCAGACAAAUAUAGUAUCAUGGAACAGAUGAGACGCCCCUUUCUUCUCUAGGUAGCUCAUACAAUGAGAACACUAUCAUUUCAAGAAUAAAUCAGUUAUGCUUUUGUUGCUGUUUUAACAAUA